AUGGAAUUCUACACAAAAUUACGUGAUAAAGAUAGAGCCCUGGAUGAUAAAAUACAGCUUAUACGCACCAACACCCACUUUAUCCCAAAUCUCCACGAGAUGGUCGUUGACUUCUUGGUGACUGAGUUAUCUCAACACCCGGAUAUCCCUACAUUAUGGCAAAUGCUGCGCUCUAGCCUAGACGCACAUCCAAUUACGGCCAAUAUCAUACGCUUGGUGAAAAAAUCCAACCUGAUUAACCCAAUCUCUGUGGUAUUCAAACAAAACAACGAAGAUGCACUAGAGAAUGUCGCUAGAAUACUCGAUUUGACUAUAGGCCACUAUAACAAAGACUCUGUCCUCAAUUCGUACUCAAUUUACCUCAAUUCAGCCACAUAUCCACCAAUCAACGAUAUAUUCAUCCGCUUCAUACGUCUCAACAAGUUUAACAAGAAAUCUUUAUCUGGAUUCGUACUUGAGAACAUUGAUAAAUUCAUCACUAACUACUCCUUCACCUCCCUCCUUAUCACUCAAACUGACACCAUUCGCUCUAUUCAAUGGGCUAGCGAUAUGGACGACUUUCUCAUUUAUCACCUCACCCAACACUACGAUAAGGAUUUGAUUGAGCACUUUAUUCGCACCAGCACAAGCCAUCACCUUAUCAGCAGUUUGCUCCAAUUGAAUCAAUCAAAGGCUGUGCCUCUGUCGGAAGACCUAUUGCAGCACCUCACUCACCAAUCCAUCGAGUUACGAUCACCAACCAUUUUGAAUGCAUUGUGGACCAUAGAACCUGACCAUAUGUUUGCGCAUAUUGAUGCCAGUAUUCGUAUAGGCUUAGCGGACGAUGUAGACAGAAUAUUGCAGGAGAAACUUCUCUUCACCAUCAUUACCGUCUACUCGGAUACGCGUUCGUUGCCUACGCUUACAGAAUCGCUCAUUAGCGCCCUCUCCUCUAAUAAGCACAUACACAUGCACAGCACCAUAGACUACGCACUGAUGAACGCAUACCAAAUAUAUACGACAUCUGAGCAAGUCGAGCAAUUGUGCAAUUACUUUGGAGAUAGAUUGAGGGGGACUUAUGGAAUCGAGCCGUCUAUCAAGAAACGCAAAUCGGAGGGUAAUGGCAAAUCGGUAAUAAACCCAGACGUUUCGUUUACAGCUACUGCUGCAAUAGCAGAGCUCUUUUUCAUGGCGCUCCCCAAGCUACUGACAAGCGUGACGGCUGGCGUAGGUGAUGACCUUCGCACCCAGGUACAAAAGCUCGCCGAAGAUAUAUCCCCGCAGUACACAAUUUCAGAUGCUAGCAAAGAAUACCGUUCUGUGCGGCUGAUGAGGUGUCUCGCUAUCAAUCAAAUCAUCACUCUACCGCAGGUUUUUAACGCGAUGAUUGACGCAUUCGAAGCCGCUGCGAAGAAUGACGAUGACAGCCUAGCUUCUGAAUAUGCCCAGAUGGCGUUUUUCACGCUCAGUCAUAAGGUUGUAGACGGUGAUGUCGCGAGGAGGUUCCUAGAUGUAUCCACAUCUGUCGCCUUGCACUCGUCAAAGGUCGGGGAAAAGGUGCUGGGAUGUGUAGUGCGUCAUCUCUACGUGCUGGAACACUACGCGCGCGAUGAACAUCUUGACGCCUUCAUCGAAUUCAUUUGCAGAGGUGAAGACAUAUACACAUCAUCGCAAGCUGUGGCUGUGGAAGAAAUUCUCACUUCUGCGUUGUUUUGGGAACUCUCUCGCUUUAGGAGCCGGUUGACGACGCAUGUGGAAUCUACUCUUAAGAGCGGUGACCAGAGGAUUCAAGCGCACACACUCACACUUCUCCUCCGUUUCCCAAGGGGGUCUUAUACGUCUAAAUUUGUGCGCAAUCUUGCUAUCGAUACGGCUAUCGCGCUAGAGAGUGUAGCCGAGAAGGUAUCUACUUACAUCACCCUUCGUCGUCUAUUGUUGGCGCUGAUUGGUGAUAACGCCAAAGUUGGCGCUAAGAACGAGGAGUAUGCAGUGUAUCUAGCGACCAGCUCAACGUGGAACACUAGUGGAGAUGAAAAGGCGUUAAAUGAGCUGAACAAAGUCUCAAUACAGCUGCUUGACAUGUUGGCAAGACCAAUCAUCCGCACCGACUGUGCGCAAUUGUUCAAAAAACUGCACAAGAAAUUCGACAAAGGUGUCUUGAGCAUGAUGGCAGCGAGUUGUGUUCUAGAAGUAUACUUGGCGCACCACAAACCCAGUCAAGAAAGCGAGAAAAGCGCAACGAUGACAACAACAACAACAACAACAACGAAAGACGACAACAAGUAUGUGUACAAGCUGACCCAGGCAAUGGUGAACAAACUGUGCAGCGAACUUGUUUACCACACCACCGUCGCUAACAUCUCCGCUUUGGUAUCGUGUCUGCGUAUGAGUAUGAUACGGGGUGGUGGAGCUGUCGAUGCAAAGUGUCUGGAUAUAGCUAAGAGCGUCACAUUAACACGCGUGCACUCUACAACACCAAACGCUCAGGUAGAUUCUGCAACUUCGGUACUCCAUUUCUUGUCGGCUGGACUCGUACGCAAUGUCGAGCAAAUAGACGUAGCUGCUGCGUCAUGGUGUAUUUAUCACGAAAGAGCAUCAACCGAGAUGAAAAGCGUGAUUGGAAGAGGAUUGGCUGAGGUUGUAGUUAUGUUCUUAGGUGAUAAUAACAACAAUGACGUGGAUGUCGUCGGUAAUUUGUGGGAAGUCUUUCAUUCUCACAUCCGUGAGCCGACUUCACCCCUUUUGGCUGCGCUCGAUGGGUUGAGAGUGGUGGUCAAGUCGUGCAGAGAAGGAAGGUUCAUUCGCAGACGUCUCUCGGGAUUAUUAAUCGAUCUAGCCAACGCAGCUGCUGUAUACAAGCACCUUCCAACCACAUUAGGUGGGAUAAUCGAACUCCUCGAAUCAAUUGUACAUGAGAGGGCUAUUCUCCUGCAAUCUACAGACGUAGGAUCGAUACUGAUAGCGCUGACAAACGCAGUAAGCGCGUCGAAGGGGACAGUGGAGAAUGAAGCAGACUCAGCGAAAGCACAAGCACUCUAUGACCGGGUGAAUUCAACGUUACUCCAACUAAUCAGACUGCGUAGAGACAUAUGCGCCAGCCAUGCGCCCUCACUAGCGCUUCUCCUGAGUGGGCUAAUCGGGUUACCACUAACACUGCGUCCCAAUCUUGGUGGGGGAGCAAUACGAGCGCAUCUAGCGCACCGCCCGAGCUGGCUACCUAGCGAGAUGGCGCUGAACCCUAAAUCACUUACGCGGCUACUGGAGGGGUUAACGACGAAGACGGUGCCACUGACAACACAGCACCAGCAGCAAGUCACGUCGAACAGCUUGAAGGAGGCAUUCGCGCGUCAUGCUUAUAUUGUCCUGCACACUUUCGCUCGCUCGGCCACCUCCCCACAUAGCUUCUACCCUCAGUCUACCAGACAUAGCUUGAUGGCAGGCUUGUAUGCACUGUGCGAGUGCGUCGAUCUACAUAAAGAACAGGAAUUUAUGCUUUCGGGUAUCACGGAUGAUGGCGCAAGGAGCGUCGUCAAGGUCUUGUGGAAGGAUUACGAUGAACAGCGCUAUGUCGGUCUCUCGUGA